CGUUCUCAAAACGAAGUGUGGUCAGACCCAUCGCGUCCCCUUCAUUGGAACCACGGGCGACACUUCUCCCGACCUACCUCCCCGGAACCCUCGUCCCUCAGGGUCUCACCCCGACAUCGCCUUCACCUCCCCUCGUCAGUUUGCUCACUUCAUACGAUAGGAGGACGUCACGUUCUACUCAGUGAACGUGAUGGAUCUUCUUCACUAUGAUCCACUUUGUCCCAAGGUUGAGCUCAUCUCUCUGGAGCCCGAUCCCCCUGACCCUUCCUCCAUCUUCGCGGCUCCCAUCUCUACGUCCACCCGUCAGCCUGCGGAUACCCCCUCCACGUCCCAGGCCUCUGCGCCGUCGACUGUCGAGUCCACACAUACGUCUCGUGACGACGCAGACGCUGAGGAACUCACACGGUUCACGACAGACUUAGAGCCGGUCGUUCGCGACCUGAUUCGAGAGGACCGCAAUGUCUUUCCCCCGUAUUUCUCAUACAACAGGAUUCCCCCGAUGCGCGGUGUUGAGCAUUCUAUCCAGCUCGUGCCUGACUAUCGUGUUCACCAUCAGGCACCGUACCGACUCUCGAUCCCAGAGGCGACGGAACUCAAGCGUCAACUUGAGGAACUCCUUCGACUGGGUUUCAUUAAACCCAGUAACUCCCCUUGGGGUGCACCUAUCCUCUUUGCUCGCAAAGCGGACGGAACUCUCCGCCUCUGCAUCGACGACCUUAACCGUUACACGGUUAAGAACAACUAUCCCAUGCCCCGCGCGGAUGAGCUGUUUGACCGUCUGGCAGGCAACCGCUUCUUCACGAAGAUCGAUCUUCGUAGCGGUUACCACCAGAUCCGCGUUGUCACAGAGGAUCAGCCGAAGACCGCCUUCCGGUCGCGCUUCGGCCACUACGAGUUCACGGUGAUGCCAUUCGGCCUCACCAAUGCACCCGCCACCUUCCAGACGGCGAUGAACGACAUCUUCAGGGACAUCCUUGAAGAAUACGUUCUCGUAUACCUGGAUGAUAUCCUGGUCUACAGUCGUACCUUAGAAGACCAUCUCAGACACCUCCGCGAUGUCCUACAACGCUUACGCAAGCAUGGAUUCUAUGCCAAGCUCAGUAAGUGCCGCUUUGCCCAGCGCAAAGUGGACUUCCUAGGACACCAUGUGUCUGACCAGGGUCUCCACAUGAACGACGCGAAGAUCACUGCUAUUGCAGAGUGGCCCGUCCCCACAUCUGCCAAGCAGCUUUGCAGUUUCCUAGGCCUCACCAGCUACUAUAGUAAUUUUAUCCAGGGAUACGCUAGGUAUUCCUACGUCCUUACGUCUACCCUCCUCCGGAAGAACCCGCCGUGGUUUUGGACACCCCUGUGCGAGAACGUCUUUCGCGCCCUCAAGAAGGCGGUGACCUAUGCGCCGGUUCUUCGCCUUCCCGAUUUUGAUCGUCCCUUUAUCGUCACCACCGAUGCGUCAGAUUUUGCAGUAGGAGUUGUCCUUUCUUAGGUGUUUCCCUCUCCUCCAGAUUCACCUUAGCCCCAUGUUCCUCCUUUUUCCCCCUCUCCUGCCGACGCUGCUUCUCGACUGACGCCUACCCUCCCACCACUUCCCUCCACUGACAAUACUCCUGUUACUUACUCCCCGACCAUCGAGGAGGAUGAGACUGUCGAGGCUCGUGCUGGGGAUUGCCCGAUCGCUUUCUACUCCCGUCAGCUACUGCCUGUCGAGAUAAACUACAUUGCCGAUG